UCGCUAACACAAAGAAGUUACAAAAAAAAUUAUACUAGUUUCACCACAAAAAAAAAACAUUCAUGUACAUAUAUUUCUUUAUGACUACAGUUUUGUUUGUCUAUAUAUUGUUUUAACUAUAGAUUAUCCUCUCUAAUAUUGUAACGAUAGAAGUUCAACACAGGAGAGCCACGACCCCGACGUGGUGUGGUGUCCAAACUGCACACAUAUUAAAAUGUUUCUCUUGGUCGUCUUACCACCCCAAAAUUAUAUCUAUAUAUAAGUUAAUCAGUUGUUAAUCAAAUAUUAUAAUUUCUGUUAACAUUUGUUAUAGUUGAUUUACCUCCAAUUUCAGCCUAGAUUUACCAUUUGUCAUAAAACGAUUGGAGGAAGGAAGAUAUUUUGUUACUUUCUCUUCCUAAAUUCGCGCUCCCUUCCUCCAUACACUAACCAAAUAAAGAACAAAAUAAAAAACAACAACAACUUAAUUUUGUUCUAAUUUGUUUUUCUUACCAAAUUUAAUUAUUAAAAUAAUUAUGUUUUAUUAUCACUAAUCAAAUCAGCCAACAUUCCCAUCACGUCUCCCUUUCCUUGUCUCAUUGUUUGUUUUCUCAUCAGGUUGGACUUCCUCCACGCACGCUUCCAAGUUUUUCCUGAGGAAAAUUCUGUCUGGAAAAUUUCGAGGUAAGGAAACAAAUGAUCGCUUUCAUCAUAUCUGUUAUUUGCCAUGAUCCUAUUUUGCUGAUCACGACUUUUAAUUUUCAACUAUAUAUGUUUUGACUUUCUUCUUUCAAUGUUCUCUUGUUGCACCAACGUACCUUUUAUAUUCAUCGCCUUGUAGGUAGGUUCGUCUCUAAGAGGUUUAUGUUUUAUUCUUGCUAGCAUCCUCAGAACUUGCAUGUGUUUGUUUGAUCGUCUCCUAUUUCUGUUGGUCUUAAUCAUCUUCAAUUCCCUUGCCUGGAGAUUGUUGUGUAAAUCUCUUUUUUUGGAUUACGUGAUGUUUUAAUAACGGUAAAUUUAAUGCAAAGUUUACUCGAAAUUAGAAGAAAAAGAACCAUUAGGUUAAUGAAAUGAAUGGAACUGUUGAUGGUAGUAUAAUUACCAUGUUGUUGAUCAAGCAGUAAAGCUUAUCACAAUGAUGAUUCUGAGAGAGCUGUGUCUCAAAUCAUUACUGAACACAUCUGGUGCCAUUUGAUCAUGUUCUUAUUACGAACAUUUGCUUGUGGAACACGAAAAGAAAACUAGACUCUCUAGGUUUAUUCUAGCUUCCUCUUUUAUGUGUGUUUUCUUCUAAUCUUGUAAGGACUUGGUCUAACUCUCAAGUCUUUUUUUUGUUGUUGAAUAAAUCAUGUUUCAGGGCUUGUUGCUAAAGAAUGAAACAGUCUCCAUAAGUUUGCUUGUCGACGACGCAUAAAUGAAUUCAGUGCGUGAUCAAUCAGGCAGCCCUUAUGGAGAUACAACAACUCCUCGUAGUCCCUUCUCUCCCUUCUCUCCAUUAUCUAUCGGAGACGAAAGGCAUAGAAACCUUGCAGAUUCCAAAAGAGAUGCAACAACUCCUCGUAGUCCUUUCUCUCCUUUUUCUCCAUUAUCUGUUGACAAAAGUCUCGCUGAAUCCAAGUUCCAGCAAGCCCUUGCCAGUUCUGGCGUAAUAUUAGAUCCAUUAUCACCUGGAUCACACCAUGGAGGGCACAAGUUCCAUGAGGUUUUCCAGAUGAAACAGGGGCGUUAUGAUCUUCAAGCCUCAAAGAUCUCUGAAAUGAUGAAAUCAAGUAGCUUAGAUAACGCUCCUACGCAGUCACUUCUAAGCGUUGUGAAUGGGAUUCUUGAUGAAAGUAUUGAAAGAAAGAACGGUGAAAUCCCUCAGCGUGUGGCAUGCUUGUUGAGAAAAGUCGUGCAAGAGAUUGAGCGACGCAUAUCAACUCAAGCUGAACAUCUAAGAACGCAAAACAAUAUAUUCAAAGCUCGUGAGGAGAAGUACCAGUCAAGGAUCAAUGUCCUUGAAGCCUUAGCAUCAGGAAGUGGUGAAGAAAAUGAGAUUGCUACACAACAGCUUAGACAAAUGAAGACAGAGAAGUCAAACUGGGAAGAAAAGAAGAAAAACGAAGAAGAGGAUAUGCUUAAGCUAUUGAAAGAGAAUGAUCAAUACAACGUUGAAAUCUCUGUGUUGAAGCAAGAACUGGAGACAACUAAAAGAGAAUGUGAACAACAAUGCUCAAAAAUGGAAAGCCAAACACUGACACAAAAGGCAAAGUGGGAGGAACAAUGUAAAAACGAAGAGGAGGAUAUGGCCAAGCUAUCCAAAGAAAAUGAUCAAUUCAACCUCGAAGUUUCAGCGUUAAGACAAGAACUGGAGAAAACUAAGAAAGCAUACGAACAUCAAUGCUCUCAAAUGGAAAGCCAAACGGUGCUGGCAACAACAGGACGUGAGAGCAGGAUGAAGGAGCUUGAGCAAGAGAGAAAAGAGGCACACACUGCAAAAACUUCCCUUGAGGUAAAGGUCAAGGAGCUUGAGAAAAUGGGAGAAGAAGCACAUACUACCAAACAAGUUCUUGAGGAAAAGAUAAAAGAGCUUCAACAAAUGGAAAAAGAAACAAAGACUGUGAAUACAAGCCUUGAAAGAAAAAUUCAAGAGCUUGAACAGAACCUUGUUAACUGGAAGAAUGGAGUGAAAGAAAUGGAGGAAAAAUCUGAGUUCAAACACCAAAGUUGGAGUCAGAAAGAAGUUUCAUAUAGAAGCUUUAUUGAUCACCAGUCUCAAGCACUACAGGAAUUGAGGUUUUAUUCAAGAUCCAUCAAGCAAGAGAUUCUGAAGGUUCAAGAGAACUAUACAGAACAGUUCAGCCUGUUAGGAAAGAAACUGAUUGAACUAAGCAAUGCUGCUGAAAACUAUCAUGCUGUACUAACUGAAAACCGGAAACUUUUCAAUGAGCUUCAGGAGCUGAAAGGAAACAUCAGAGUGUUUUGCCGAGUUAGACCUUUCCUUCCUGGACAAGGUGCACCAAAUACAGUGGUCGAGCACGUUGGUGAGGAUGGAGAGUUGGUAGUUACCAAUCCCACUAGACCAGGAAAAGACGGUCUUCGCCAGUUUAGGUUCAACAAAGUUUAUAGUCCUGAUGCUACUCAAGCUGAGGUCUUUUCAGACAUAAAACCUCUGGUUCGGUCAGUGCUUGACGGGUUCAAUGUUUGUAUAUUCGCAUAUGGUCAGACAGGAUCAGGGAAAACUUAUACAAUGACUGGUCCAGAUGGAGCAAGUGAAGAGGAUUGGGGAGUUAACUAUCGUGCACUCAAUGAUCUCUUUAAAAUAUCUCAAUCCAGAAAGGGAAACAUAAACUAUGAAGUUGGAGUGCAAAUGGUAGAGAUAUACAAUGAACAAGUGCUUGAUUUGCUCUCUGAUGACAUUUCUCAAAAGAAAACACUAGGGAUCCUGUCUGCAACUUCAGAAAAUGGUUUAGCUGUGCCUGAUGCAAGCAUGUAUCCUGUGACAUCGACCUCAGAUGUGAUUACUUUGAUGGACAUUGGACUACAAAAUCGUUCCGUUGGUGCUACUGCCAUGAAUGAACGAAGUAGUCGCUCUCACAGCAUUGUCACUGUUCACGUUCGUGGUAAAGAUAUGAAGACCGGUUCUGUCUUAUAUGGAAACCUUCAUUUGGUGGAUCUAGCAGGAAGUGAGAGAGUAGAUCGCUCUGAAGUCAAAGGAGAUAGGCUUAGAGAAGCACAACAUAUAAACAAAUCGCUUUCAUCUCUUGGAGAUGUUAUAUUCUCUUUGGCUUCAAAGAGUUCACAUAUACCAUACAGAAACAGCAAGCUAACACAACUACUCCAAAGCUCUCUUGGAGGACGAGCAAAGACCUUAAUGUUCGUGCAACUAAAUCCUGAUACUACUUCAUAUUCAGAGUCGAUGAGUACCUUAAAAUUCGCAGAACGUGUCUCUGGAGUUGAACUUGGUGCUGCAAAGAGCAGUAAAGAAGGUAAAGAUGCUCGAGACUUAAUGGAACAGGUAGUGUCCCUUAAGGACACAAUAGCAAGGAAAGACGAAGAGAUAGAGAGGCUUCAUCAUUCUAAUAGACUUCAGAAACCAAUGGUGAGGAGAAAGAGUUUUGGACAAACCGAUGACAUGAACUCAGAAACUGGAGAAUAUUCAUCACAAUCAAGACACUCGGUUACUGAUGGUGAGAGUUUAUCUUCUUCCGUUGAGGCAGAGUACGAGGAGAGAUUGAGUGAGGUUACAUCUGACGCUUCUUCUAUUGGAACUCAACGAUCCACUGAUGUUGCUAAAAGACCACCCAAAAUCGCAGACAGAGCUAAGUCAAUGACUUCAAGGACAACAACCACUGUUACACGACCACUCGAUAAACUUCGGAAAGUAGCUACAAGAACAACAUCGACCGUUGCUAAGGUUGCAUCGGGCUUGUCAUCAUCAGCAAGCAUUAAGAAGACAGGUAGUUCUUCUAGUUUGGCCAAGUCUUCUAAACGGUGGGCGUAAACUACGUAACACUGCAUAUAUCAUUUAUGCUUCGUACGUAAAACUUUGCGUACGUUUUUUCAUAAUUCCUUUUUCUCAUUUUCGUCUAAUACAUGGCUUCAACUGGAACUACAAAUUUUUCCAAUAUUUUAUGUGAUUUAUGUAAAAACCUUGUAAAUACAUGAACCUUAUUACUUCACAGGUUUUUUUUUUUUCACAACCAAUGAAACAAUAGCUGAUUACAUUUUUCAAGAUAUAUUAUUCGUAACUCAUGCAUGGGGUAAUAUCAAUACUCUUACCAAUCACAGAAUUCUCCAAAACUACAAUCAAUAAUCUCCAAAAAAUAUAUAUAUAUCAGAGUUUGGUGGGAAUACACCUAAUUAUGUGAUUCCUUGAGUGUAUGAGUCACCUUAUACCUAAUAAAGGCUGAAAUUUUAUUUCAAAAAGUUAAAAAAAAGAUACAUAACAAAGAAAAGAAAAA